AUGGAGAUCGAUCGAAGGAAGUGGGGAAGGAGUGCAGGCCCCCACCCCGCCUCUAGCAAUGUCUUAUCCCCAGGUCUGAGUCAGUGUACCAAUUUCUUCCUGGCCCACAACCAGAGCCACCCCCGGCUGGAUGAAUCUUCCUGCAAGGAUAUUGUCAAUGCGUUGUCCCUGGUCAACAUGAUCCUGGGGCUCUUCUCCAUCUUCUGCAGCUUCUACAGGCGACUAUUCGGGGACGUGGAGUGGUUGUCCACUGGAGACUAUAAAGGGCCUGGUCUGCGCUCUAGGAAACCCCACUAUGCCUCCUGGCUGCUUCUCAUCAGCUUCCUAUUAGACAUGGCGGUCGGGACCAUGACCAGACGCCUCAGCAUCUGCCCUAAAGCAAGAGCUGAGCUGAAUGACUUUGCUGUCUUCACCACCUUUGGCCUGGCCUCAGCCCUGCUCCUAGGUGUGGACGGGCCUCUCAGUGGGCUCCUGGCCAUCAUGUAUGUGUUAGCUACUUCCUUCCGCCUGUGCUUCUUUUCAACUGGAGUUCCCUUUAUAUACAAGGGUCUACCCUGCCAUUACGCUUCCUGUGUUUUGGCCUCCACCUCCCUUCUGACCAAAGGCAACACAUUCAUUCUGUGCUGCGUGGCCUCGCUCAUGAUUCUGUUCAUGAUAGACCAGACCUACUAUCCCCAUGAAGAAAUCUUGGAGUCUGAGAACUGGAAAAAAAUCGUUUAUCUUGGGGGUGUCAUCAUGCUGUUUUUGUCUCCAUUCUCUCUGACUCCUUUUUACUGCCUGGUGUGGUCCAUCUCCUACAUCUUCUUUCCAGAUUCUCUGUGGGGAAAGACAAUUUGUCUUAGGCCACAGCACUGAGGAAACUAAACAGCUCCGCCAGCUCCCUCUGGCCUCUGUGCUGUUUGUGUCAGCCUGUUGGGACAGGUCUUGGCUUAUUCUUACUAAACCUUUCCUUGUCCCUGUGAUGUACGUGUGCUUUGAACCAGAGAAACCCACGGUAGGGUCAGUAGCCUUCAUUUCUUUCUCUCUAUUCCGAGUUCCGAAUCCAUUGGGACAAUAAUUAUUUGUCAUAUAGGACAAAGAUUUUUCCAAGCUAAAUUUGGGCGGGGUUGAAUUCUGGCUCUGUUACUACCUGGGUAACCUUUUGCAUUAAGAUUGGAAAGGAAUGAAACCCUUUGGAAUUGGUAUAGCCCCCAGCCCCUGCCUACCAGUGAUGGGUGGGGUUUAUUGAAGCAUUUCUUACACUUGCAGACUCUGACUCUGUGGAGCAGAGCUAAUUA